AGGAUUACAGGUGUUCAGGUUCGGUCGGCUAGUGGUGCUAGUGCUAGUGGCGCGUAGUCGCGUGUCCGGUGUGUACGUCGUUCUGUCGAUUGGAUAUUUAUCCGAUGUAAAUCGUGUAACGGAAAGAAACGCGCGAGUUUUAUUUGAAAGUUGUAAGAAUGUCGCGGUCCCGAUGUGUGGUGAUGUAUUCAAAAUAUCGCGAAAGGUGAUCGUUGUCGAAACGGUACAAUUUUCACACGAAAAAUCAACGGCAGACAUCGCGGGAUGUAUCGUAGCUGGAUAUUAUGCUAAUCACGUUACGGUCAGAAUGCGGGAGGAAGAACUCGAGAUAUCACUCAAGGUGGUGAUAGUGGGCAACGGGGCCGUAGGGAAGUCGUCGAUGAUCCAAAGGUUCUGCAAGGGCACCUACACGAGGGAUUACAAGAAAACGAUCGGUGUCGAUUUUUUGGAACGAGAGAUCGAGGUAGACGGUGAGGACGUAAGACUGAUGCUGUGGGAUACUGCCGGUCAGGAGGAAUUCGACGCAAUCACCGCGGCUUAUUAUCGCGGCGCCCAUGCCUGCGUCCUCGCUUAUUCAGCCACUGACAGAGAUUCCUUCGACGCCAUUCCUUCGUGGAAGCUGAAGGUGGAGAACGAGUGCGGUGAAAUUCCCACGGUGCUCGUGCAGAACAAGAUGGACCUGGUUGAUCAGUGCGUGAUUGAUCCGGACGAGGCCGAGAGGCUAGGCCGCGCGCUAGGCUGCAAGCUUCUAAGGACGUCCGUGAAAGAGGACGUCGGUGUCGUCGGCGUCUUCCGGCAUCUGGCGUCGCGAUGUCUUCACGAGAUGCGUCGCUGCGACGACGAUUAUCAGGACGACCUCAGAUUAUACUCCACCGGACCUAGAUCUCCUUCCGUGAUAAGUGCUUUUAGCCCGAACGGAUCCGCUUGUGGCCGGAGUACUGGGAAUGGUACCAUUGUUUUGCGGCCAGGGGCAAAGACAAAAAAUCACAAGAAACGAAAUUUCGUGAAAAAUGCUUGUAGGCUACUUUAGUCUUUACGUGGACGAAUACGUGGAGAGUUGUAACAAAUAUACUCUAACCGUGUACAGACUGAUAUUCAUAUUUAUGAAGAUAUAAUUAUCCUAAUAACGGUUGUUUCGGCAACUGUGUACGCUGGAUUGGUCUAACGAU